AUGCACACGCUGAGUUCGGUCAGGGAUUCGGUCACCAAGUUCCAAGCAGAGCCCCUGCACGACAACCCGGAUUACGUGGUUCUGCAGCAGGCGCGGCGUCAUGCCGACCGGCGGCUGGCAGAGGUGCGGUACGUGGCAAAGCAGAUGCAGCAGCUGUACCAGCAGCUAGACAAGACCCGCAAUUACCAGGAGUUUGUGGACGUGCUCAUGAACAACCGCGCACUGCUGCGCGAGGUGUUCACGCUGGAGAAGAAUACGGCGCGCCGCGUGGCCACGCCGCGCGUGCAGUGGAGCAAGUACGGCGUGGACGUUGAGGCGUAUGUAAUAGAGCGCGGGCGGUCCGCGGUCGGCGCGGCGUGCGGCUGGGGGUUCGAAGAUGAGUAG